AUGAAAGUGUCUGGGAGCCACUCCUUGAGGGGAGGCUGGGGCUGGGAGCUUGUCAGGAGGUUCUGCUCAGUGCACUUCCAAGCCACAGCGACCAGCUCGUCCCUCACCUCCAGUUUUUCAGUCUGUCAAGCCACAACGGCCACCUCCACCAGCACCAAGACCAAGUCAAAGUCCACUAUCAAGUCCAAGACCAAAUCCGAUGCUAGUGCCAAGUCCAAGGCUAACACCACGACCUCGUCCACGUCCAUGUCCAAGUCCAAGUCCACGACCAAGUCCACGUCCAGUACCAGUGCCAGCGCCAAGACGCCAAGCGCCGCCUGUGCCAGCGCCAAGACGCCAAGCGUCGCCUGUGCCAGCGCCAAGACGCCAAACGCCGCCAGUGUCAGCGCCACGUCGCCAAGCGCCGCCAGUUCGACCGCCAAGCCCAGGCCCAAGUCCAAGUCGACCGCCAAACCCAAGUCAAAGUCGACCGCCAAGCCCAAGCCCAAGUCGACCGCCAAACCCAAGUCAAAGUCGACCGCCAAGCCCAAGCCCACGCCGACCGGCAAGCCCACGCCGACCGCCAAGCUCACGCUGAGCGCCAAGCCCACGUCGACCGCCAAGCCCAAGUCCAAGUCCACGCCGACCGCCAAGGCCACGCCAAGCGCCAACGCUGUCGCCACGCUGUUUCAUCACUGCCACGAUGACGACGCACCUCGACCCAUGUGUCUGUCCUCUUCUUCGCUUCGCUUCAGCGGGGCCGCCAUCACCAACUACAAAUCACUGUGA